AUGGCCUCAACAUCCGGUCGCAGCUCCUCCGCGUCAGGGCGGUCGCAGUCCGCCAAAAGUGUGCCUGAUAAGCAGAUUUCUCAAAUCGAAAAAAGCGUGACACACCUUUUGGUCGCAACCAAGCAACUCCUCGAAACCCUGACCCAGUGGUCUCGGAAACAAGCCUCGGAAACCGAUGUGUCCGAUGUCUACGUACGACUGGGCUAUGAAUUCAACCUGGCCUGUCGAGCCUUUAAUGCAAUCGGUGUCGAAACCUCAGACCUCGGUCCCGUCCCAGAUGUUCUACGCACAAUCCUGGAGGAUACGCUGAGCCAAGAUGCCUCCUCGCAAAGCCUCGACCGAUAUCUCCCCCAAAUCCGUGAUAUUAUCAUCAAUCUACUCCAUGGCCUCAAGAAAAAGCAAGCGCGGUUACGUUCGCGGCAACAACGGGAGGAUGCGCGCCUCGGGCUCCCGGGUCGACAGGCCAGCGCCGGAAGCCUCUCGAGUGGCCAGUCCACCAUUGGACAGCUGUACGAUGAAGCGGCAGCAUCGACCAUGCCCCAGAACACAGUCACAUCUCCUAAGCGGUCGGCCCGACGGUAUAACAGCAAUGGCUCGCUGGAGGAACCCUCGACCGCACAGCGCCCCUCACCUGGAUCGGCCGGCGAUGGACGCGGCCCAAGCUACUCCGAGCGAGAUGCAUCACGGCGAGAAGCCCAACAAGUACUGACCCAGCCGUCGCUUGAGGAUACAGACUCAACUCCUCGGGCCCCUGUGUCGGCGUCGGGGACACCCCCAGCCUUCCCCGCCCCGCCACCUCCACCGAAGCAAGACGAUGCACUGGGCGCUCUACAACGGAGCGGUGAGUUGGAGCGACGUGCUUCUCGUCGUUUCUCCGCAUACCAGAUCCAAAAACACCUCGGCACGUCCACUAACGGUGUGCCGGUUCUGCCUUCCCAAAACUCUCCCAUCCCCAAUCGGGGGCGAGAUGUUCGCGAAUCGCUCAACGCGGUUCGUCUGCGAGGCUCAUACACCCAUACAAGACAGCGGUCCUCAAACCGACUCCAGGAGACCGCCAAAGGCGGUCAAGCUCAGGACGCAGCUGCAAACAUUCCCCAGGCAGUCGAGGAGGAGCAAAGCAAACAGGCAUCCGAGACGGAGUCUGGAGUGCAGAAAGAAGAGAGUGCCCAACCGUCACCUCUGAAGGAUCAGCCUCCCCCUCCUCCCAUAGAGAAGGAUCUUCCCGAAGAACCAAGAGCUAGUGCAACAACUCCAACCUUUCCACAACCCCCCAAAGGCCCUUCCCUUGAUGAUGCCUUUGACCCCGAGAAAACUACCGCCAGUGUCUCCCAGACAGCCCCUGAAACCCCGAGGAAUGAUCGCUUCAUGUCGGCUGCUAUUGCGACUCCACCUUCGAUUCCCCAAUUUCCUAUUGACCAGCCGUCUCCAGGAAAAGAAUUGACUCUCUUCUUGCAAUACAAAAGUAAAAUCAAGAAAUAUGUACUACCUGAGGGAAUUGCAGACCUGACGAUAGGGCGACUUCAAUUGGCGUUCAUUGAGAAAUUUGCCUGGAACACGCACAACAAUGGCGCAGAUCUUCCGGAGAUCUAUAUACAGGACCCUAUCUCCGGAAUUCGACAUGAGCUCGAGGAUUUGAAUGACGUGAAAGACCGAUCCGUCCUGGUGCUGAAUGUUGACACUUUAGAUGAAGUCAAGAAGCACUUUGACGAGAGCUUUGGAGGUGUCCGCCAGUUGGUAGAAGGAGUGAAGGAUGCUCUUGUGGGCCAGGGCACAGCCAUUCAACGAGUCUCUGAUCGACAGCUCGAAGCAGCGAAAGAGAUGGCUCGCUUGGCUGCUGCUCCCCCGCCAGCUCCAACCACGGCUUCAGGCACCACUGGUCCUGUGAAGACCCCGAUUGCUGGAAGCGGGAGCCAGAUUGCCGAACUGCAGAGCCUACGUCGUGACCUUGCUGUCCUACGCCAGACUUACUCCAACUUCUCUUCGGACAUUGCGAGCUCCAUGAGUGCCGUCCGGGCCAAGGCCGGGAAGGUCACGGCUGCCGCGGAAAAUGUCGCCGUUCCGACAUUCGAAGGCGACGCGGGCCGUGCACGUGUGAACACCGGCAAAAAGGAGCUCGCAGACGAGUCGGAACGACUCGUUGCACGCGUUGACGAUCUUCAGGACCUGGUUGAAGAUCUUCGCAAGGACGUGGUCACGCGCGGCGUUCGUCCUCUGCCACGACAAUUGGAAGGCGUCAAUCGGGAUAUCAGCACUGCGAUGAAGGAGAUCAAAAAGAUGCAGGAUUUCCUGGGUCGCGAGAAGCCCAUCUGGACCAAGAUCUGGGAGAAGGAGUUGCAGCUUGUCUGUGAGGAACGAGACCAACUUACCAUGCAAGAGGACCUCGCGGCCGAUCUCCAAGAUGAUCUCGAGAAAGCUGCGCAGACUUUCGCUCUUGUUGAACAAGCGACCAAGGAACAGGCCAUGGAGAAGGCUGCCAAUGGCGGCGUUUCUCUACGCGCUACCUCCCGUACCUUGGGCAUCGAUCCAACCGUUGACCCCAUGAAGGCCAAGGACGACGUGCUUGGCGAGGUUCGCGCACUGCAGCCAAACCAUGAGAGCCGUCUUGAAGCUAUCGAACGGGCCGAAAAGGCCCGCAAAAAGGAGCUUGAGACUCGCCGUAUCGGGCUCUUCCAGAAGGAGCUCGGCAAUUUCGUCCAAGAAGGCAAGCUAAAGAAGAGUGGCGGGGUUGAGGAGGCAGAGCGACUGCGUAAUGCCAAGGACGAUCGCAUUCGCAAAGAAGUCUGGGACCGACAGCAAGUUCGUAAUGCUGAGAUGGCUAAGGCCGAGGCAGAAGCGGCCUUGGCCGCCUCCGACCAAAAGACUGAUGGCGAUGGGGACGGCGACGCCGCUGGAGUUGAUGCCUCGCCAGAUUCUAAGGACUCGGAUGACAAUGGCCCCAAUUCCCCCAAGGACGAAUCUUCGUUGUCCCAGGAGCCCGCGAAGAGGGAUACCAACAAUCCCGACAAUCCCGACGAAUCUGCUUCGACCGAGCCUUCCAGCGAAGCAUAG